AUGGACAUCUUUCCUCGGCCCAGUGGAGAGAUCCAGCGGAGAAACCCCCAGCAUGACUUUGAGCUCAUCCAGAGGGUCGGAAGCGGCACCUAUGGGGACGUCUACAAGGCUCGCAACAUCCAAACCGGAGAGCUGACUGCCGUUAAGAUCAUCAAACUGGAAGCAGGGGACGACUUUUCCAUCAUCCAGCAGGAAAUCUUCAUGGUGAAAGAAUGCAUGCACCACAACAUUGUGGCCUACUUCGGGAGCUACCUCUGUCGAGAGAAGCUUUGGAUCUGCAUGGAGUACUGCGGCGGGGGGUCCCUGCAGGACAUUUAUCACGUGACAGGUCCUCUGUCGGAGAUGCAGAUUGCGUACGUCUGCCGAGAGACUUUACAGGGUUUGGGAUACCUGCACACCAAGGGCAAGAUGCACCGUGACAUUAAGGGCGCCAACAUACUUUUGACAAAUGACGGAGACGUCAAGUUGGCCGAUUUUGGCGUCGCUGCAAAAAUAACAGCCACUAUCGCCAAAAGAAAGUCCUUCAUCGGGACACCUUACUGGAUGGCUCCGGAAGUGGCGGCGGUAGAGAAGAAUGGCGGCUAUAACCAGCUGUGUGACAUCUGGGCAGUGGGCAUCACAUCUAUCGAGCUGGCCGAGUUGCAGCCCCCCAUGUUUGAUCUGCACCCGAUGAGAGCCUUGUUUCUUAUGUCAAAGAGCAGUUUCCAGCCACCCAAGCUAAAAGACAAAAACAAAUGGUCCGCUGCUUUCCACAACUUUGUUAAAGUGUCCCUGACCAAGAACCCCAAGAAGAGGCCCACAGCAGAAAAACUCCUUUCACAUGUGUUCGUGGCGCAGACGGGCUUGACGAGGCGGCUGGCCGUCGACCUCAUGGACAAGAUGAACAACCCUGACAACCAUCAGCAUUACAGUGAAGCGGAUGACGACGACAUUGAGCCUCUCUCCGUGGUUCGACACACCAUCCGUUCCACCAAUAAGCAUGCUCGGGCUGAGAGGACGCGCUCUGAGAUGGCCUUCGACAAGCUGCAGUUCGAACCGCCGCUGCGGAAGGAAACCGAAGCCCAUUCAGAAAUGGAUGUGAGUAAAGAUAAUGACUUCCCGUCCCCAUGGAGCCCCUUUGCUGAGGGAGGAAUAACAGCCAGGAGUCUCCUCAAAAGCGUUGAGGACGAGUUGUUCCAACGGGGACACGUCGCUCACCUCCAGGACGCCUUGGAAGAAGUGGAACUAUCCACACUCAAACCAGGGUAUCCUCCCCCUCGGCCACCAAAGCCUCGCUUGCACAGCCCCUCUGAGGAGGCAGGCCCCAACGACGAGCGCUCGCUGACGGUGCGACGCUUCCCAAAUGUGGAAAACGGUCCGGGCCAGGCGGCGCGACGCCGGAGCACGCCAGAACACGGCAACAAGGUCGGGAGCUCUUCACCGGACUACCUCUCGGUCAGCGUCAGCAGCCCUGGCCUCCUGUCACACACCUCGGAUCAAGACGACGACUCAGACGAAAGUGUGAAUGGCGACGGUCCCAAGCCGGCACCCAACCGCGCGCAUCGGAGGCUCAAAAAAGAUUAUCCCAAACCUGCCAUCAACGGUUUACCGCCCACGCCCAAAGUGCUGAUGGGCGCUUGUUUCUCUAAAGUGUUUGACGGGUGUCCACUGAAGAUCAACUGCGCCACAUCCUGGAUCCAUCCAGACACCAAAGACCAGUACCUGAUCUUUGGGACAGAGGACGGCAUCUAUACGCUUAAUUUGAACGAGCUACAUGAGGCUACCAUGGAGCAGCUGUUCCCCAGGAAGUGCACGUGGCUGUACGUUAUCAACAACAACCUGAUGUCUUUGUCCGAAGGGAAAAACUUCCAGCUGUACUCCCACAACCUCAUUGGGCUCUUUGAGCAGCUGAAGAAACCAGGCUUGGCCGCGCAGUUUCAGACACACCGCUUCCCCGACAAGAUUCUGCCCAGGAGGUUUGCCUUGACGACCAAGAUCCCCGACACAAAGGGCUGUCACAAGUGCUGCAUCGUGAGGAACCCCUACACAGGCCACAAGUACUUGUGCGGUGCGCUGCAGUCCGGCAUUGUCCUCCUUCAGUGGUAUGAGCCCAUGCAGAGGUUUAUGCUCAUCAAGCACUUUGACUUCCCGCUCCCCAGCCCGCUGAAAGUGUUCGAGAUGCUGGUGGUGCCUGAGCAAGAGUACCCGCUGCUUUGCGUGGCCAUCAGCCAGGGUGCUGAGCCCGGACAGGUGGUGCGCUUCGAGACCAUCAAUCUCAACUCCUGCUCUUCAUGGUUCACCGAGAUAGGAACCAGUAAUCAGCAGGUGGAUGCUAUCCAUGUUACCCAGCUAGAAAGAGACACCGUAUUGGUGUGUUUGGACCAAAAUUUGAAGAUUGUCAACCUUCAAGGCAAAUUGAAGUCCAAUAAGAAGCUGGCAUCCGAACUCAGUUUUGACUUUGGUAUCGGAUCAGUUGUGUGCCUCCAGGAUAGCGUUUUGGCCUUCUGGAAGCACGGAAUGCAGGGCAAGAGCUUCAAAUCCAACGAGGUGACGCAGGAGAUCUGCGACCCGAGCAGAGUUUUCCGUCUCCUUGGAUCUGACAGGGUGGUGGUUCUGGAGAGUCGGCCCACGGAUAACCCGACAGCGCUCAGCAACCUCUACAUCCUAGCAGGUCAUGAGAACAGUUACUGA